AUGGACACGUACGGCUCUGUUUACAAAGAAUAUUUCAAUCCAUCCAAUCCAAUGGAAAAUCGACUCGUAGACGAUGAUGAAAGCGGCCAACAACAUCAGUUUAUAUUCACAAUUGCUCUUGAAACCAGUAUCACAUAUAUAUUGAUUGUGACAACGUCCAGUUCUAACCCAACAGGUGCAUUCUCAAUCUUUGUAUCUGGUCCAGAUAAUGUUGAUCUCAAGAAUAUUAGCUCUCCAUCAAUCAUCCAAAUACAAUAUUCAUUAGCUAUACAAUCGAACUAUUCAUCAGAGCUGACAACGAGUAGUCAAACAUAUUCUCGAGAUUGUCGAAAAUCAAAUUAUCACUAUCAAGCUAUACGAAUGAAUGUAGUAGAAACUGGAUACUAUGCUCUGAUUAGUAACAGCAAUAUGAAUACAUUUGGUAAUAUUUACGAACAUGAUUUUAAUCCAAUGAAUCCUUUCGAGAACCUACAGUCACAGAAUUAUCGAAGCUGUAGUUAUCAAGAUUUCAAGUUCAUCGUUUAUCUUCACAGUGGUCCUAAGUAUAUAUUAGUGGUAACAACAUCUUCUCCAAAUAUGACAGGAAAGUUUUCCAUUUUAACAUCUGGCCCAAAUGUCAUCACUCUUAAUGCUUACACAACACCAAAGAAAUCAUCAUAUGCUUGCAUGACUUAUUAUCCUACAUGGAUGUUAAUUAUGAUUUGUUCAAUUAUUAAUUUGAUGAAAAAACUCAUAUAA